GUUUUUUAAGCUUAAUAAAGGCUUUUAUUUUACCAUGUCUUAUAGCAAACCACAUUCAUAAAUAAAGCGUCCGCGAUGUACGGUAAACACCGCCAAAUGGUAUUCGUUAAUUUAGAUUGCUUUUUUUUACUGUACUGCAUUAAAAGAUUAAAAUUAUUUGUUUGUAAGCUUAAAAUAGGUUUUUAUUAACCAUGUUUUAUUGAAAAUGCAUUCAUAAAUAAAGUACAGAAUUGGGAAUCGUUAUUAUCGGUUUAGCCUAGAGACAAGUUAAUUCGACUUACGUCGUUUCACCUGGAACCAAUUAACUACGUAGGGUGAGGUAGGCCUGUAUUUAUAAUGCAGAGAUUGUAUUAUGUGAGUUCACCUCCUAUGAGGUUAACUGGAAAUGUCAACUCGUUUACAAUUUGCAUUUGAUAAUUUUUCAAAUAUUGUCAUAUAAUGCAUUUAUAUUGCAUAAAAUUAUUUUUUCUUCUUCAUAUUUGCUACAUAGCAUUGGUUAAAUCAUGUUGUCAGAAUGACUACGAAACUGUGGUUAAUAAUAAAUAUCUAAAUGUGUCCGUAAAUUCUUUUAUAUUUUAAGAAAUGUCUUUCCUUGUUUUGUUCCCUACAUCCAGCAAUCCGCCACAACUAUUUCUGAAGAUCUUCUACUCGUGUUGUUAAUAUACUGUCUCAACGAAAUAUAAAAGCAAAAAAAAAAGAUACUAACUGACACUAACAACAGAAAAUGAUAUUUACAUCAGAAGCAUCAUCAAUAUUUGUUUUAAAAGCCCAAGAAAGAUGUUAUACAGAACAAAUAGAACCAUGUUUAUGUAAAUCUGGUGAAUUAUGGUGAAAUGUUUCUUCUGACUGAUGUUCACAUUUAUAUAAGUCACUGUCUGUAAUGAGUACAAAAUAAUUUUGCAUUCUAAAUAGGCUUAGAUAAAUUGAUAAAGGACUUUACAACAGCUUUAUAUAUUGGUGAAGAACACAGUUGGUGGAAAUAUAGCAGAAAGAAUAUUCAUUACAUAUAAUCUGUAAAAAGUGAAAUGAAAAAGUAUACAUAUGUUGUGAGAAGAGAAGCUAAAUGAGCUUAAAGAUGUUUUUUUUCUCCUAAAGAGUUGAUGGAAACAAUAAGGAAUCUCAGGAUAUUGUAGUAUCGUAAUAUGUCAUUCUCUGAAAAAGAUAAACUAACUACUAGUAAACGUAUCCAUACGAGAAAGAAAGCAUAUCCCUGUGAUAUCUGUGGUAAAGUAUUCUCUACAAGAGGUGAACUAACAACUCACAAACGUAUUCAUACAGGAGAAAAACCAUAUCAGUGUGAUAUCUGUGGUAAAGCAUUUCCUCAAAAUCAUCACUUAAUUACUCACAAACGUAUUCAUACAGGAGAGAAACCAUAUCACUGUGAUACCUGUGGUAAAUCAUUCCCUCAAAAUGGUCACUUAACUAAACACAAACGCAUUCAUGUAGGGGAGAAGCCAUUUCAUUGUGAAAUUUGCGGUAAAUCAUACUCUCGAAAUGAUGAGUUAACUAUUCACAAACGUGUUCAUACAGGAGAGAAACCAUAUCAAUGUGAUAUCUGUGGUCAAUCAUUCACUCGUAAAGAUAGUUUAACUACGCACAAACGUGUUCAUACAGGGGAGAAACCAUAUCAAUGUGAUAUCUGUGGUAAAUCAUUCUCUAAAAAUACUAACUUAACUGAUCACAAGCGUAUUCAUACAGGAGAGAAACCAUAUCAUUGUGAUAUCUGUGGCAGAUCAUUCACUCAAAAUAAUCAGUUAACUAAACACAAACGUAUCCAUACAGGAGAAAAGCCAUAUCGUUGUGAUAUCUGCGAUGAAUCAUUCUCUCGAAAUGAUGAGUUAACUACACACAAACGUUUUCAUACAGGGGAGAAACCAUAUCACUGCACUAUCUGUGGUAAAUUAUUCUCUGGUGCAAUUAAUUUAACUCUGCACAAACGCAUUCAUACAGGAGAGAAACCAUAUCAGUGUGAUAUCUGUGGUAAAUCUUUUCCUCAACAUGGGCACUUAUCUAAACACAAACGCAUCCAUACUGGAGAAAAACCCUACCAUUGUGAUACUUGUGGUAAGUCAUUCCUUCAAAGUGACCACUUAUCUAAACACAAGCAUAUUCAUACAGGAGAAAAACCAUAUCACUGUGAAAUUUGUGGUAAACCAUUCUCUCGAAAUGACGAGUUAACUAUUCAUAAACGUGUCCAUACAGGAGAGAAACCGUAUCACUGUAUAAUCUGUGGUAAAUCUUUCUCUAGAAGUAAUCUCUUGAGUGGACACAAACGCAUUCAUACUGGAGAAAAACCGUAUCAUUGUGAUAUCUGUGGUAAAUCAUUCACUCAAAGUACUGCUGUAACUGUACACAAACGUAUUCAUUCUAAAGAAAAACCAUAUCAUUGUGAUAUCUGUGGUAAGUCGUUCUCUCGAAAUAGUCAGUUAACUAAGCACAAAAGUAUUCAUACAGGAGCAAAACUCUAUCACUGUAAUAUCUGUGAUAAAUCAUUCUCUCAGCAUGAUGGUUUAACUAACCACAUAUGUAUACUUACAAGAGAUGAACCACAUGAAUGAUAUUUGUGAUUAUCAUUCUCACUAAAACUCUUUCAUCUUUAUGUAUAUUAAGUACAUUCUUGUUUUAUGUAUUUAUUGUAUGUUUCCAUUAUGUUGCUGAUUUUAUUUAUGGUUCCUUCAUGACUUUAUGGAGAAACUUGAUGUUUAUUUGCAUAAUUGGUGAAGAAAUCUUUGAAUUAUCAGCGCUGGAAUGUGUUGAACCACAUUUUCUAAAACAUUUUGUCAUUUCAAAUGUAAAUCUCAAAUUCCAGAGUUCUGACUGCUACAGUCUCUUUAUAUUUUUAUAUUAAUUUAAAGUCUAAAUAAAACUGGUUUACUAUGAAA